AUGACCCGAGUGCCCGACGUAAACGUGAUGUAUUUCCGCGUUGAUAUCUCGGUGAGUCUGCUAUCACUGGUGGUCACUGCCUGUGGCUUGGCCCUAUUUGGGGUCUCCCUCUUUGUCUCUUGGAAACUCUGCUGGAUACCAUGGAGGGAGCGAGGGCUUUCACCCACAACCAAGGAGGCUCAAGGGCAUAUAAACCCGACCAUGAGCCCUCUGCCCUCACAGCCUGCACCCAAACAGCCGGUUUAUGCUGCUGUAGACCCUCCGACACUCAACCGCCGUAAGUCAUCACACUGUUCUGUCACCAAAGAGCCUACCCCUGUGGCCUCUGUUGUGUCUGUGGAGGCUCCCAUGACUCCUGUGUCACCCCCACCUGUGGUGAUGGCCACACCAGAGGCAGCUAUGAAGAUAAGCCACACAUCUCCAGACAUACCACUGGAUGCUGAAAGUAAAACCCGGGAGAACGGAGUUCACACUAACCCCCGGAUACAGAGGCAGACUACAGAACCGGCACCAGGUGGUUGCUCAGUCUCAGAAAUGGGUCAAGGUUCCAUUCGCAGACAUAUGAACCUCUCUAACCCAGACUUCAACGUGGCACAGUUCCAAAGACAGGAUUCUCUUACUGGAAUGGGUCUGGGACUUGGCCGCCUCAAACCCGAGUUGUACAAGCAGCGCUCCCUUGAGGGGGACGAAGGCAGCCGCAGAGGUGGGGGCUGUGGGCGCCUCCACUUUAUUCUUAAAUUUGACUGCGACUUGGAACAAUUGAUAGUUAAAAUUCACAAAGCGGAGGACCUCCCAGCCAAGGAUUUCUCUGGUACCUCUGAUCCCUAUGUUAAGAUUUACCUGCUGCCUGAUCGGAAGACCAAACACCAGACCAAGGUGCACCGUAAGACACUCAACCCUGUGUUUGAUGAAGUCUUCCUGUUCCCCGUGGCUUACUCUGAGCUUCCCACACGUAAGCUACAUUUCAGCGUCUACGACUUUGAUCGCUUUUCACGACAUGAUAUCAUCGGCCAAGUGGUGGUGGACAAUUUUCUGGAUCUGGCAGAUUUUCCCAGAGAGACAAAACUCUGCCGGGAAGUCCAAUAUGUCUCAUCGGAUAACGUGGACCUUGGGGAUUUGAUGUUUUCCCUCUGCUACUUGCCUACAGCCGGCAGAUUGACCAUCACCAUGAUACAAGCUCGUAAUCUUAAGGCCAUGGAUAUAACUGGUGCAUCCGAUCCAUAUGUGAAGGUUUCUCUGAUGUGUGAGGGCCGGAGACUAAAGAAGAGGAAGACAUCGACGAAGCGAAACACCUUAAAUCCAGUCUAUAAUGAGGCUAUUGUCUUUGAUGUCCUUCCAGAAAACAUUGAGCAGAUCAGCCUUUUAAUAGCAGUGAUGGACUAUGAUCGUGUGGGCCAUAAUGAGGUCAUUGGUGUGUGUCGAGUUGGCAAUGAUGCAGACAGCCUCGGUCGAGAACACUGGAGUGAAAUGCUCACAUAUCCACGGAAACCUGUCGCCCACUGGCAUCCUCUUGUUGAGUACCAGGGGACUACAAGCAGUAGCCAGGGAGGAUCUUGUAAUUCCCUAAAAGCGCCUCCUUCUCCGUAGCCUUCAGCAAAGAAAAGAAGACAAAAAACAGAAUCAAAAUACUGAUUAACGUGAAGCUCUUGCUGCGUGCUGCUGAGUGUUGUUCAAAAAUGGUUUUAAAAAUGCAGGAAUUUAAUAACAGCUAUGGAAAGGAGAAAUGCAAACUGUCUUAUGUUGCAUGUAGAAUGAUCGCAAAGUUGGAUGUUUUUUUAUGAUGUUUCUUUAGAAAAACAGGUGUAUGCAGACAUUUUAAGUCUGUGCAAUUCCUGCAUUUAUACAGACAAUACUGUUAUUUAUUUUUACAUAGUCUUGGUACUUGUUUAAAAAAAGUGAGUCUGUACUUGCAACAUGUACUUAAAACCAGUUGAACUGCCAUAUGUUCCUUUGUUUUAUUUGGUGUUGAAAUGGUGCAUGAGGUCAUGGUUUGGUGGGAUAUCUACUAGUUUGUUUGCUUCUGUUUCUAUUUUUACAUUGCAGUGUGUUGUUCUGUCUGUUGGUGUGGAGUAACAAUUAAUUUACAUACAAAGUAUAUGUAAGCAAAAUAUGUUGAAUGUUAGAACUGAAUAAAGAAAUACAAAAAAUAAUCGCUGUA